AUGAUAACUAGUGACAGAGAUGGGGUGCAGCCGUGGGCUUUGGUCAGGCAUUGUGCAAGUUCGUUGUACAAGAUUCUGGAGAAGCUAAUGGUGGAGAAAAUGCAGAAGUUAAAGAUGACGCUGCCAUUCAACGUGUAUUGCGAACAUUGUGGCUUCUGCAUGGGAAAGGGCAACAGAUUUGAAGCAGCCAAGGAAGAGGCGGGAUGGGAAACAUUAUUUGACAUACCAAUAUGGAGGUUCAAAUUCAACUGUUAUUCAUGUUCCGCUCCUUUUGCGAUCAAGACCGACCCUGGUCGAUAUGACUACGUUAUUGAAUUUGGUGCAACAUUGGUUCCUAAAAACGUUUACCUUUAG